UAUAUAUAUAUGAGAGAGAGAGAAAGAGAGAGAGAGUUUGUCACUUGACUUUAUUGUUUGUCACUUGAUAAAGUCAAGUCAUCUUUUUGCAUCUGAGAAAUAUUUGCAACAGGCUUUUGGCCAUGAGCAAGAAAAAGCAGACAUGCCUGGCGCUUUGCUAUUUGGAAUUGGAAUUGACCCGAGGCUAAGUCUUAAUAGUACUCCCUUUAAUCCGCGUUUUAUGCCUGACUUUCUUAAGUGGUCUUUGUGUCACGGCGCUAAUUUUGUUAACUUUUGUUUAAAUUGCCACUUUAAAACCACAGCAGUCUACCGGGACCCAUAAUAGCAUAGUUUCUUCAGCUUUCUCCCUUCUCCUCCUACUUCUCCUCACCCCAUCCCAACAAAGAGGCUGGCUUGUCAACUUUUUGGGCUUGACCCCCCCCUCACUCCCGUCUCUCACUCCUCGGUGUGAACUGAGACCAGCGCUUGUGCCUUGACAGAAAGUUGCAGAGAGGAGUGGCUGGAUGUCAGAGGAGCGCCGGGGAAUACUGUAACCAUCCCUGAAUGUGAGAAGCUCCACAGAGAAGAAUCUCUUGGAAAUCUCUUAAACUUGGAAAUUAUUUUGUUGAAAAAGGUGAAAUGAUGCUGCCACACUACUUCCUCCUGCUGAUGCUGUGCACGGUCCAGCUGCUCCCCCCUUCCUCCACUCUGCCUUUUGAGCAGAAAGGCUUCUGGGAUUUUGCCAUGGACAGUUUGGACAGUGACCACAUGAUGAUGAAGGAUGAAGAAGGUUCAGGCGAUGACAGCUUUCAGAUGCCCAAUGUACCUAUGUGCCCUUUCGGCUGCCACUGUCGACUCAGAGUUGUCCAGUGCUCUGACCUUGGUCUGACGGAGGUGCCAAGAAACAUUCCACCUGACACGAGGUUCCUGGACCUGCAAAACAACCGCAUCUUUGAGCUAAAAGAAAAUGAUUUCAAAGGCCUGGCGAACCUUUAUGGCCUGUCUCUGAGGAACAACCACAUCUCCAAAGUCCACCCAAGGGCGUUCAUCCCAUUGAAAAACAUGCAGAAGCUGUAUUUCUCCAAAAAUCUGCUGACCACCAUCCCCAGGAACUUGCCUGCCUCCCUGAUCGAGAUGAGGAUCCACGAAAACCGCAUCAAAAGGGUGGAAUCUGGCGCCUUCUCCGGACUGGUCAACAUGAACUGCAUAGAGAUGGGAGCAAAUCCAAUCCAUAACAGUGGUUUUGAGCCCGGAGCCUUCAAAGGACUCAAACUGAAUUACCUGCGCAUAUCUGAAGCCAAACUCACCGGCGUUCCCAAAGAUCUGCCCGAGAGUCUCCACGAGCUCCAUCUGGAUCACAACCAGAUCCAGGCGGUUGAACUGGAAGACCUGAAGCGCUACAAAAACCUCUACAGAUUGGGCCUUGGCUUCAACCACAUCCGCCACAUAGAGAAUGGCAGCUUGUCUUUUCUACCAAGACUGAGGGAGCUGCAUUUGGACAACAACCGUCUCAGCCGUGUCCCGAAAGGCCUUCCGGAGAUGAAAUAUCUGCAGGUGGUGUACCUUCACUCCAACUACAUCAGCCAAGUGGGCAUUGACGACUUCUGUCCUCGUGGUUUUGGAAUAAAGAGAGCUUUCUACAACGGCAUCAGCCUGUUCGCAAACCCUGUUAACUACUGGGAGGUGCAGCCCGCCACGUUCCGCUGCGUCAGCGACCGACUGUCUAUUCAAUUUGGAAACUACAAGAAGUAGAAACACGAGUGAAUGAGUGAAUCAAAGACAUGAAAGCAAGGGAGAGUUAAAUUAAGGGAAAAGAAUAAUGUGUCAGAAUGCUAUUUUAUGUGAUUAUUUUUAUUCAUCGGAGUUGAAUAUAAAGGGACACCAAAAUAAAUUUUGCAGUCAUGCGUCUCCCUUUGCUGUAAAAAUGUGAUGUUUUUCUGUCUUGGGCAAAAGUUUUGGAUCAACCCGAAACACCGCAGUUUGGCUGCAUUCAGUAUCAUUUAGAUUUGACCUGAAUCAGGAGGAGCACAGAAAGACAACAAAGCAGGAGUGGGUGUGGACAAUUGAACACAUUAAGGAGACUGUGGCUUUGGAACAUGUCAGUGUCUGCCUAGGAGAGUUAAACAAGGCGUCUAGGUAGAGAUAUUGAGACUCAGCCGUAGAUAAGUUGGACACUUGGCUUCUACACGGAAAGGAAGAGGAAUAUAGGUCAAGAACUCCAUCUCUCCAUCCCUUACACUCUCACUGAGAAGACUGAAGGAAAGACAUCAUAUAAAGGGAGGGGGAUCAGCUCCUCUUUGUCCUCUCUCAGAGGACAUUCUUAAGGAUUGAAAAUAGUCGAUAAUUGUGUUCGAAAAUACUUUUCACUACUGAAUAAUGGCACCGAAAAAUGUCUUGAAUGAAGAAGACUGCACCCGUUGAGACCCAUAUGACACCAUUUUAAGCACCAAAAUGCAUCAACUCCCUUGUCUGUAACAUUGAAAGCACAAUUAAUGAGCUGUAACUGCCACCUGAGAAUUCCAUUGUUGGCGGUGUGAUCCUUAACCUUUGGCCAAGACAGAGCUUUAAAGAUUUGUUUGGCCUUCAUCUAUGUCUACCUGAGCAAAAUAACGUAGAGAAUCACUAACAAUACAGACGUAGAAGGAAAAAUGUUGAGGCAGAGUGCGUAUGGACUCUUUAUUUUGACUUGAAUUAACAAUGUACAACGAGCCCAUUUUGUUGUUCUUCUGAAUGUCCUGCUACUUAUAUUAAAUAUUGGGAUGACUGACGGCUGGCAAAGACAUACAAGAUGAAUAUUUUAAGGUGCUGUUUGUCACUUACUGGUGAGAGAUCUUGUUUAUAUCUUUGGUAGGACACAUGCAAUAUCACAGAGACAAUUUCCCGACAUUCUCUUUAUUUAAUUUAACUACCAAACCGGACUAAAUAUAAAACCGUCACUAAUAUAAGUACAAUAAAUUGUUACAGUGUGGCUUCACCAAAAACUUGCUGCAGGUAUUUCCUCUACUUCUUUGAUGGACACUAAACUCGCAGGUGCUUGUCUCUAGUGUAACACUUGAGACAAUAAAAGUAGUGUGUUCACAUAAUGCUAUGAACUGAGAUAGUGUUGAUGCAUAGUUUUGCACAUAUUUGGUCGCGCUUCUUACGCUUGGGUACUGUUGAGCUACUUUGUUUUUGAACACAAGUGGAGCUUAAGAAGUAUUCUGUCCUUUCUCUGCCCUGUAUUCGAACGAGCUGCAUGUGAAUAAAGACAUUUUCAUUCUGCUACGCCAAGUCAGAAAAUGACUGAAACCUCUGCGUCUGACAGUGCGAAAGAAAUAAAGG